AUGGAGCUCCUUGGCGGUGAGCCAGUCAAAAUUGAAGCUUGCACUUCCUCACCAGAGGCCAAGGCUGCUGGAAGCCCGACGCUUUCGCCAACAACAGCUGUUGAUUUAGAGUUGCCCGUCAAGCUCCGCCCAGCACUCAAACUUUACAUCACCCUGUAUGAUGAUGAUGAGGAAGAUGGGGAGCUGGAAGAGCCACGAGAGCAGUCUUCCACUCCACCGGACAGCUUGCUGGAGCCAGCACAGGACUGGCUUUUGAGCUUGACCCAGAGCCCAGAGUGGAUGGAUUCGCCCUAUGCAGACGAGCAGUUUGAGGCAGCUCUUGCAGCUACUCCACCGGACUAUGUCAGCCAGGGCUCAGCCCUCCAUGGAACAGGCGAGCUGAAGGCAAGGAAGAAAGCCAAGGCAGGGGCCCCCAAUUCGAAAGCUGCAACGAUUCAGAGCAAUGGCUCCGUGGCUACUGCUCGGGUCGCUUGUGCUGCAGGACGCGGGGCGCACUGUGCUGACCAGAAGUGGGUCUUUGUACCCGUGGCGCCUCGCAGGAUGAAGGUCAACGUAUCGUGUGCCAUGGUUUGUGAACGGAUGCUGGGCGAAGAGGAGAAGAGUGUGUUCAAGCGCAUGAUCGACCAUGAAUACCAGGUGAACUGGUUAGUGGACAACUUGCCUGGUACGAUGAAGUACCAAAAGACCAGCACCGGUGCAACCUCGUACACAAACGGCUUUCCUGUUGGCCUGAAGGUCGACGGCAGCUACUUCGUCCACAACCACGUGCAGAUAGGGUUGUACUAUCACUCCAACUCUGAAGAGUUCGAGGGCAGCAGGGUCGUUGGAUUUGAGGUAUUUCCUUUGAGUCUCCAACAGGAGAAAAGGGGAGACGGCAAACUGACCUGCGGGGACUUGGAUGAUCCUGUUCCGCGCUUUGAUCUGACAAAGGAGGUCAGUGUUAUCUACAGCUAUGACGUUGUAUGGAUUCCAAGUCCUAUCCGUUGGGCUUCCCGCUGGGACAGUUAUCUGAAGAUGCACGAGGGUCAGAUCCACUGGUUCUCCAUCAUCAACUCGUUGAUGAUCGUUCUCUUCCUCUCAGGCAUGGUGGCCAUGAUCUUGUUGAGAACGCUCCAUCGCGACAUUGCCAAAUACAAUGACAUGGAAGCAGAUGACCAGGGCGAGGAGACUGGCUGGAAGCUCGUUCACGGCGACGUGUUCAGAAAGCCACCGCACUCAAAGGCACUGGCUGUCUCUGUCGGCUCCGGCGUCCAGCUCCUGGUGUGCUCUUGCGUCACGCUGGUUUUCUCAGCUGUGGGGUUUCUGUCGCCGGUUCACCGCGGUUCCAUCCUCCAGGGUAUGCUUCUGCUCUUCACCUUCGCUGGCAUAUUGGCAGGGUACACGUCUGCUCGCUUCUACAAGAUGUGGAAGGGAGAGGACUGGAAGAAGACCACUCUCCUGACGGCACUGCUGUACCCAGGGACUGUCUUCUGCAUUUUCUUUGUGCUGGAUCUCUUCAUCUGGGGAACGCGAUCGUCUGGCGCUGUUCCUUUCACGACAAUGUUUGCGCUUCUGGUAUUGUGGUUCGGAAUUUCUGUGCCUUUGGUCUUCCUGGGAGCUUUCUUCGGCUACAAGAAGGCGCCCAUCUCCCUGCCAGUGCGGACGAACCAAAUCCCACGGCAGAUCCCUGCCCAGCCCUGGUACAUCACCGGCGUGUUCUCCUGCCUGAUUGGUGGCGUGCUUCCGUUCGCUGGUGUCUUUACUGAGCUCUUUUUCAUCAUGUCCUCCAUCUGGCAGCAUCAGUUCUACUAUCUAUUUGGCUUCCUCAUGCUGGUCCUUGUUAUCUUGGUAGUAACAUGCGCGGAGAUUUCCAUCACGCUUGUUUACUUCCAGCUGACAAACGAGGACUAUAACUGGUGGUGGCGAUCCUUUCUCACAAGUGCAUCAUCAGCCUUGUAUGUCUUUGCAUAUUCGUGCUUGUAUUAUUUCACUCGAAUGCAGAUAGGCCACUACGUGGGCGCGUUGUUGUACUUCGGAUACAUGUUUGUUAUCUCCUAUACGUUUGCGCUGCUCACGGGCGCCAUUGGGUUUAGCGCAACAUUCUUCUUUGUGCGCACCAUCUACGGUUCCAUCAAGAUAGACUGA